AUGGGGAGGUCGCCGUGCUGUUGCCACGACGCGGGAGUGAAGAAAGGGCCAUGGACGGAGGAGGAGGACAAGACGCUGGUAGAGCACAUCCAGAAGCGCGGCGGGCACGUCGGCAGCUGGCGCGGCCUGCCCAAGGCCGCCGGGCUGAACCGCUGCGGCAAGAGCUGCCGCCUCCGGUGGACCAAUUACCUCCGUCCCGACAUCAAGCGCGGCAACUUCUCCGACGAGGAGGAGCGCCUCAUCAUCGCCCUCCACGCCGGCCUCGGCAACAGGUGGGCGACGAUCGCGACGCACUUGGAGGGCCGGACGGACAACGAGAUCAAGAACUACUGGAACACGCACAUCCGCAAGAAGCUCAUGCGCAUGGGCGUCGACCCCGUCACGCACCAGCAGCUGCCACCCGACCACCACCUUGACGGCACCUCCGCCUCGCUCAUGCCCGAGGGGCUCCUCUGGGCGGCGGUGGCCGCGAGCCUCGCAGGCCUCGACACCGGCGCACUCAGGCAGGCGCAGCUUCUGCAGCAGCUCCUCCAGAGCAUAGGCUCCAACAACGACGCAACCAACCUCAUCGCCAACCUAGCUGCCGCAAACUCAGUGCUGAACUCAAGCAGCAGCGUUGUUCCAAGCCACCUGCUCCAGGACCAACUGAACAUGUUGUCUGGGGCGAACUGCAUGCAGCCUGGUUACCUCUGCAACACCUCCAUUUUUACAGGGCAAGACGUGGUGCAGAGGCAGCUGAUCAAUGACAUGUCUCCUGGAACGAGCUCCUUUGCAGCAGCUGAACCAGCGGAUCAUCUCUGCAACACUACUGCUGCAUUCGCAUCUCAUGAUGUUGCACCAGCGGUUGACAUGCUGCCGGUGCAGGAGUUGGCCGGCUUGAUGGAGCCCAUGGAACUACAACUACCCAAUCUAUGCUCUCUGGAGAGCGAUUCUUUCUGGAAGGAGGUACUUGACGACGGCUACCGUCUAUAG